AUGCUGCCGGCCUCUCGCCCUGCCUCAUCUCGUUCCAAUCCUGCUGAUAUGAGAGGUCGUGCACCUCUGCCGGUGCCCUCCGGUAUGCAGAACACCAACGGUCACUCCCGCAAUUCUUCCAAUCUCGAUAUGGCUCGCAGCCCGCCGAACCCGAGCAAUAAGAAUACCAAGCAUGUUCCCUGCAAAUUCUUUCGUCAGGGUGCCUGUCAGGCCGGCCCCGCUUGUCCAUUCCUGCAUUCGACCGAUGCCGCUAUCGACUAUGCGCCUUGCAAGUACUUCGCCAAGGGUAAUUGCAAGUUCGGCUCCAAAUGUGCUCUCGCUCAUAUCUUGCCCGAUGGUCGCCGUGUGAACAGAGGUGCCGGUGGUGGUGCGAUGGGAAUGGGUGGGAGCAGUCACUUGAACCUCGGCGGCCGUGUCAACCCUCAGGCCUAUGUGAAUCAGGACUCGGCCUUGACCAAUUCCGUCCUUUCGCAGCAGCGCAUGAACGGUCCCGACCCCCGAUACCCUCAGCAGAUGCCCGUGCAAGAUGAGUCAGGUUUUGUCCCCGCCCAGCAGCAACAGCAACAGCACCAGCACCAGCAGCAGCAGCAGCAGUCGCAGCAAGUUGGGCAGUCCCAGACUCCCUACGAUGGCAUCCCGACCAUUGAUACCGGCCUGGCGUCUCCCGUCGGCUCCAAGUACGGCUCCCCCAUCGAUGAUCCGCGACUGCCCAUGUCACCCAGCGCCCGCCACUUGACCGCAUUGGAUGCGCCCCUUCCCGCAUCUUUCGAUAGCCAGGGGAUCUCACACGCAGCUCGCUAUGGUCCGGUGGCUGCGUCGGUUCCCUCGAAGUUCGGAUUGGACUUGGCGUCCCCCCCGGCUCAGCGACUCGGCUACAUGGAUCCAUUCCGUAGCACUCGUGAGAUCAGCUAUGCGGACCUUCGCAAGCCAUCCUUCAACAUCGGUUCUUCUCCUCCCGCUCCCGAGGAUGCGACGAGCCACCGAUUCUUGCACUCUUCUCGGCCCGUGAAGCCUCGCAUGCUCUCUGCGAGUGUGCCUCGUCCCAUGGGACUCGAUGAUUGGGAUGAGAAUUUCCCGAUGGAGGAGGAUUAUCUGCCUAUGAACUUGCAUGACGAUGUUCUCACGCCUCAGGAGAAGUUGCGACGUCUUUCGCGAACCGACCACGAUCCCAUCAGCUCCAGCCACCGGGACGUAAGCGGCCUCGGCAUGGCUAGCACGAGCUUCUCAAAGAACGGAUCUCCGCUUGCCUCCAGCCCGUCGCGAUUCGGGGCUCUCUUUGCCAAGCAACGACAGAGCAAAGAGGACGGGGCCAUCGGCUCGUCUUUCCCACAUAUCGGUUCACCUCUGCGUGAAUCCUCCUUGAACCCCAUCGGUAGCCCCAGCUUGGGCCCGAUUGGUAGUCGCACUUUGUACGAGGGAUCGCCGUUAGUUUCCAGUCCUGGACGCCAGGGUUCCAUGUCGAUGAUCUCCGAGCAGCUUAGUGGGUUUUCUCUUCACCCAGGUGCCGUCCGCCGUGCUUCUAACACUCCGGGUCGUCUAGAUCGCAACUUGUCCUCAACGACAAGCAAGAUCGAGGAAGAGGAACCAAGUGAUCUCGUCUUUUCCAUGGAAGAAGAAGAGGGCAACAAGCGCAGCAGCCCUUCGUAA